AUGAAGGUCUUGACCGCACUCUCCGUUCAUAUUCUCUUCGUGUUGCUCGUCUCAGCACACGGUGGCCAUGAAGACUCAGAAGAGAGCGCAAAACUUGCUGAUGCAGGUUACGCCAUUCGACACAUGGCUACAGAACACCAUAUUGAUUCCUUCGACCUGGAGAGUUUCUUCCAGCUUCAUGAUCUGAACAGAGAUGGUGUAUGGGACCGGGAAGAAAUUGAAGCUAUAUACGGUGUCCAUCAUGUGUACUCACAGAAAAAGUCGAAGGACGACAUUGAGCAUCAGAAGAAGGCCGACCACGUCGCGGACACUGUACUCAAACUCUUAGACAAAGACGAGGACGGCAAGGUCACGCCGGAGGAGUUUGCCGCUGUUGGGACAACUGGCCUUCCCAGUUUUGACGAUAUAGGCGCAGAGGGACACCAUUACGACGUUGAAAGCGAGUUUUUCUUACAUCACGAAGAACAAUAUCACUCGACGCCUGAGACACAAACCGACGCAUCAUAUGUUCACCCCGAAGACCACGAACACUUUGCACAGCAUGAAGCCAUUGAACGCGAAGAAGUAGAGCGAGAGGCAAAAUUCCAAGGGAUCACAGUUGAGGAAGCUAUUGCGGCACAUGACGAGCACCCCGCACCCCCUGCUGAGAGCGCGCCGAAGCCCAAAAUUACCCGCGGUGUCCCACCAGAGAAACAAGAUCCGGUAGUCAAGUACAAAGAUAUUGGCAAGGAGAGCGACAGUCAGUCAGAAUGGGGGACCGGAGAACAAGGCUACAAGCAACCUAACACACCGGUAGAGAAAACGAGGAAGAACCUCCCAUACAAGGAACGUGUCCAGUAUAAAUUCCGACGGAAUUGGGGAGAUUUCUGA